AUGAAUCUAUUGGGUGGUGCUGAGAAUUUGAAGAAUCUAAUUAACUCUUGCUGUGUCAACUCCAAAGUCCACCUAUCUGCUCUGUACAAUGCUCUUAAACCAGGUACUAAGGUGGAAUGGCACGACUUUGUUUGGGAAAAGUUGAACUAUCCCAAACAUUCUUUCAUUGUGUGGCUGGCUAUUCAAAAUAAACUUCUUACACAGGACAGAUUACACAAGAAGGGGAUCAUCCAAUCAAAUCAGUGUUAUUUGUGUGAAGGUACAGUUGAGGAGAACAGAGAUCAUUUAUUCUUCGACUGUAAAUUUUCAAACUGUGUUUGGAAUGGCAUUAUGGAGUGGCUUAAGUUCAAAUGGAGAUCAGCGGAUUGGCAUAUGCUUACGAACUGGUAUAUUUCCAGAAUGAGGGGAAAAGGAAACAAACAAAAAAUUAAAAGAUUGGCGCUAACGGCUACAAUAUACAACAUUUGGCGAGAAAGAAAUGCUAGGAUCUUCAAGAAGGAAUCUAGAAGUGUUGAGCAGCUGAUCAAAAUCAUUAAGCUUGAUAUUUGGACUAUUUCUCUUAACAGUUCAUUGCCGGAUGAAGCAUGUGAAUGGCUCCUCUCUAUGGAGUAG